ACGACGAAUCCUCGUGUUUAGCAGUAAAGCUAAAGCAAAGUACACUAUUCUCGAUAAAUCUCUUAUCUUCUCUACCAAGAAAACUUUAUCAAUACGUUAUACCUGUUCAAAAUCUUGAUUUUCUAUAAUUAUUUAUCUUGGUUUUGAUAAUCGAAGCGAAACCCUAGAUUUUGGAUCAUUGAAAAAUGGCAUCUGGAUCAUCUGGUAGGUCAAACAAUGGGGGUUCUAAGGGUUUUGAUUUUGCAUCUGAUGAUAUACUUUGUUCUUAUGAAGAUUAUGCUAAUCAAGAUCCAUCGAAUGGAACACACUCUGAUCCUGUAACCGCUGCCAAUUCUGCUAAGGAGUUCCACAAAAGCAGAAUGACAAGGUCAUCAAUGUUUCCUGCUCCAGCAUAUAGUCCUCCAGAAGAAUCUUCCUUCAACCAAGACAUGAUAUGUACUAUUGAGAAGACCAUGAAAAAAUAUACGGACAAUCUCAUGCGCUUCCUAGAGGGAAUCAGUUCACGCUUGUCGCAGUUGGAAUUAUACUGUUACAAUCUUGAUAAGUCUAUUGGAGAAAUGCGCUCUGAUUUAGUUCGGGAUCAUGGUGAGGCAGAUUCAAAACUGAAGGCUCUAGAGAAGCAUGUCCAAGAGGUUCACAGAUCUGUACAAAUUCUAAGAGAUAAACAAGAACUUGCCGAAACUCAAAAGGAGCUGGCCAAGCUUCAGCUUGCACAGAAAGGAUCAACUUCAUCCAGCAAUUCUCAGCAGAAUGAGGAGAGAAGUGCUCAACACCUGUCUGAUGACAAAAAAAGUGACGAUUCACCUGAAGUGCAUGGACAGCAACUGGCUCUUGCACUACCCCAUCAAGUGGCACCCCAGGCUUCUCUUACUAACCGACCUGUGGAGCAGCCACAACAGCCACCUGUGCCUCCUCCACAAUCAAUUCCAUCCCAAAGUAUGGCACAGUCACAAGGCUACUAUCUACCCCCUCCUCAGAUGGCAAAUCAACAAGCUCCAACUCAGUUGUCUCAAGGUCAAUUUUUGUCGUCUGAUCCGCAGUAUCGAAAUCCUCAAAUGCAAGUAACACCACAGCCGGCACCACCUCAGGUGAACCAGACACUACAACUCCAAUCAAUGCCCCAAUAUCAGCAGCAGUGGGCACAGCAGGUACCCCAACAGGUUCAACAGUCGCAGAUUCCAGCUAUGCAACAGCAAGCUAGACCUACAUCACCUGCUGUUUAUCCCUCUUAUCUGCAUAGUCAACCAAAUCCUACUCCUGAGACAAUGCCCAAUAGUAUGCCAAUGCAAGUGCCAUUUUCUGGAGUAUCUCAACCAGUUGCUAGCCGUCCCGAAGCAAUGCCUUAUGGCUAUGAUAGGUCUGGUAGGCCCCUUCAGCAACAGCCUGCAGCGCCGCAUCUUAAGCCUUCAUUUGGUGCACCAGGCGAUGGGUAUGCAGCUAGUGGAGCUCAUCCAACACUCUCUCCAGGAAAUGCAUAUGUGAUGUAUGAUGGCGAAGGAACAAGGGCACAUCCACCGCCCCAACCAAACUUCCAACAAAGUCGUUAUCCUCCAUCCAGCUUCCCUCCCCAAAAUCAGCAGCCUACCCCCAGUCCAAAUCUGAUGGUUCGUCCAACUCAGCAGGUGCGCAACCAUCCAUACAAUGAGUUGAUUGAGAAACUAGUGAGCAUGGGCUACCGGGGUGAUCAUGUUGUUAAUGUGAUCCAAAGGCUAGAGGAAAGUGGCCAGCCUGUUGAUUUCAAUGCCAUCCUGGAUAGUAUGAAUGGACAUUCAUCUGGUGGUUCUCAGAGAGGAUGGUGAGGUUAAGUGAUCGGGCCCCAAUCUUUCUAGUAAACCUUUCAUGAGUGGUCUGAGAAACUAAAGAGUAGUAGUACAUGUCACUCAAAACACUAUCUAUUACUGAAUAAGGAGUCAUGUUAGUAGCGUGGAAUCUGGUGUAUAUGAGAUCUUUUGAUGCGUUGUAUAUUUGUCAAGUCUUCUGAAGCUUUGUUAUUUUACCUGCAAACUUCUGAAGCUCUCGUAUUAGUUGUAACUUGUAAGGGGUUUACACUUCUGUUUGAAAUUGAAAGUUCCUAUGGAUAUC